UCAAGAGAAAGCAAAUUCACUUGACAACCAUAACCGCUAAAUAUUCACUCUUUACGGAACCAUCACCACGUUCUUGUACUCAAGUAGCAUAGGUCAACUCGCUUAUAUCCGACUAUUUACUCCUCUCAAGAUACACGUUCGGAAGAUGCAGAAGUGAAAAGGAAAUCGUCGACCUUAUCGAACCUUAUCGAUGUCCCCUGAACAACACAACUUUGAUGAUCUGCCUCUUGCGCCUCACACCGACAAAGUGUUCACCGUAUGGCACAUGUUGAACCGCCCAUCAUUUGGCCAGCAGUUUUGGUAGCGAUCGCCUCAACCUCAUCUGCUAGAAUUACGACGUAUGAACGUCCUCGAGUACCCAACGCCGGCACUCACAGGGGAACUGAAUAUCUAUCGGCUUCCAUCGACUGCUCCCAAUUGCAAGGGCGACUCCACGGGUGCCCAACGCUGUGCUGGGGUGACUAGAGCCUCUGUGCGAACUAGAUCAAUCUUGCAGGUUCUUUGUGACGGCACACCUGAACCCCACAAUUGGGCCAGUCAUAGCCUGACAGCAAGUACAAGAGAAAGGUCAGCCGCGAAGCCGACCAGAAAUAUCAGUACCUAAAUACGUGUAUCAGUACUAAUACCAAGAAAGCCCGGAAAGCCGUACAUUGCGUGGCGUGGCUGUAUUGUUGACUGCUAUUGCAUGCGUUGAAUAAGAAGGUGAUUAGAUUGCAUGCUGUCCUUCUUUGCAGCUUCCCUUUGGACACCAUCCCAUCGCCAUCUCAUCACCAUCAUCAUUACCAUCCCAGGUCCCCCCACGCUGCAGAGGCAAGAACCGCCAACCGCUCACCCGUGCCUAGACCGACCGUACCCUACUAUCCGAUUACCCUACCACCAACUACCCUACAAACGUACAGGUCAGUACUCACCAGGCACCGCACCGCAUCGUACCUCAGAUCUCGCACCUUCAGUCUACUCGUACAGUUCACUGCCGGCCAGGUACACAAUCAGGACUCCAACAUUCACCAGCCUGUAUAGACAUCUCUGCUACAUUUGCCCUCCAGGCUCUCGGAACCUGCGAAACAUUCGCUGACGCUGAACCGCAAGCCAAGACUCGAUAGACGACUCCUGCCUCUUAGCAUCCCCAUCUCCCGAGCCUUGCCUCAACCCAGCAACGCAACAACACCAUCCUGAGCCACAAACUCGAAUCAUCAACACCACUCGUGCCUGGGCGUACAUUGAACACCCAAACCCCGACUUCUACCCAGGGAUAUACUGGCUUUUGCACAAGCGCGAGGGACUUGUAACGCUGCCGUCCGAUUACAUCUUAUCUCCGCAUUUCUCAAGCUUCACCGCAGACAUCAUCCACCCAGCGAUACACAAUCACACAAAGCCCACCUUUGUCACGCCUUCAAUCGUCCUAAACAUUUAUGAUUCCGAUCACGUUUGCAGGGCACAAUCAUACCACAGUCCCUACCACCCUCGCAGACGCAAUUAGGUGACGAUGGGAAAUCAAAACUCCAAGGGCUCCGGGUCCGCCACGCCGAAACGAAGCGCAUCCCAAACAUCACUCGAGAGAAAUACCGAUAAUCUUCAAUCCUACCCCUCCUUUAGUAAGGCAGAUACCAAAGAUUCCACGCGCUCCAUCCGCGGGGCCUUGAAGUCAAAAAUUCCAGGCAGAACAGAUAGUCCCCGAAACUCAACCGCUGGAUUAAGCAAUGGGGACACAUUGACUCCAGAAAAACCAGACAAUCCAGAUGCUGCGUCGGUGCGAUCUGCCAGGAGUGGAAGACCUGGUGUGUCUAGAGCGAACAGAUCUGAUGGUCCUGACUCACCGCAAACGGCAUCAACUUCAACACCUGCACCCCUCCAACAGGACACCCUGAUGGAAGAUGCCCCGGGGUUGGACGACCCUAAACCACCCCCAUCACCGAUUCAGUCGGCUUCGAUUAUGAAAGGACAUCAUGAUGUGGAUGCCGCUCAGAGGAGUGGAGAGGUUGACCAUGUGUCAGAUCAGCCGCCGACGGGGGGGAGUUCACCUAAUGGGCAUCUGCAACGUGCUGGGCAAUCCAUUCUUGUCAAGAGGGCAAAUAUGAUCAAUCCUAUACAGCAAGAAAUUCUUGCUGCGAAUGUUGCAAUCGAUGCCGCGGCAUCAAACCAAUCUUCUAUUGGCAUGGACGAGAUGAAGGAUGCAGACGUGGACGACUAUAUCAAGCGACUUUUGGACGCUGGUUAUGCUGGCAAGAAUACAAAGGGAGUCUGUUUGAGGAAUGCUGAAAUCACAUCCAUUUGUACGAGAGUGAGGGAAAUCUUUCUGGAGCAGCCUCCGCUCAUUGAGCUGGAUGCCCCAGUCAAGAUUGUGGGAGAUAUCCAUGGGCAAUACUCGGAUCUCAUUCGUAUGUUUGAGAUGUGCGGUUUUCCCCCUUCUUCCAAUUUCUUAUUCCUAGGAGAUUAUGUUGACAGAGGGAAGCACUCUUUGGAAACGAUACUUUUGUUGAUGUGCUACAAGAUCAAAUAUCCCGAGAACUUCUUCUUGCUGCGAGGAAACCACGAGUGCGCCAAUGUGACGCGAGUAUACGGGUUUUACGAUGAAUGCAAGCGCAGGUGCAAUGUCAAGAUUUGGAAGACGUUUGUGGACACUUUUAAUUGUGUAAGUCAUGAUCCCACGUCCCUAUAUAUAUGGUCUGCUAAUCUUGCAACAGCUUCCAAUUGCUGCUAUUGUAGCAGGGAAAAUCUUCUGCGUACACGGUGGUCUAUCACCCGCUCUCAGCCACAUGGAUGAUAUUAGACACAUUGCUCGACCAACAGACGUACCCGAUUUCGGACUAUUAAACGAUUUGCUAUGGGCAGACCCGGCGGAUCAGGAAAAGGAUUGGGAAUCUAGUGAACGAGGUGUCAGUUAUUCUUUUGGGAAGAAGGUCAUCACGGAGUUUUUGGCUAGACAUGAUUUUGAUUUGGUGUGUCGGGCACAUAUGGUGGUAGAAGAUGGAUACGAGUUUUUCGAGGAUCGAAUUCUGGUGACGGUAUUUUCGGCCCCCAAUUACUGCGGAGAAUUUGACAACUACGGUGCUGUGAUGAGUGUUUCUACGGAAUUACUCUGCAGUUUUGAACUUCUCAAACCUCUUGAUUCGAGCGCUCUCAAAAGUCAGAUGAAGAAGAGUCGAAAUAAGCGCAACAGCAUGGUCAACAGUCCUCCACCGGGAGGUGCUUAUCCUCAAAGCGUCUGA